AUGCAUUACCAAAAUUUCCUCAUCGCAGCCCUAGCCAUAUCGGCCCCCCUAUCUCUUGCCCUUCCCUUCGCCGAGCCAGAACCUACAAAAGAUGCUCCAGCCACCACUCAAGAAGCCGAAGUCCAAAACAUCAAUGCAAAGCCAACUUGGUUAUCAAUCCCCAUUAUUGAUCCCACUAAGCUAUAUCCGACACCGGCUGCUGCAGUAAAAUCAGAAUCUGUUACUACUAAAGGAGAGGAACAAUCUGCGCAGAGUAGUUUGGUGGUGGCGGCGCAUGCGGCGGAGGCGUCGAAGGGGGGUAAGAAUAUGAAUGGGAGGGAUGAGAGAGAGAAGAAAGAUAUGGAGGAGAGUGACGAUAAAGGGAAGCCCACAGGAGGUCUCGCUGAGCCUGACUCAGGUCUGGAACCCACAGCCACUGGAAAACCAGAUACAGAUUCUGUUCCAGCUAUUACCGCUAAACCAACCCAGCACUUUACUGCAGAGCCUGACACAGAAGCAACUGCAACUGCAACUGCAACAGCAAAACCAGAUACUGCUCUAAUGAACGAGAUCAGAAACGCUGCGCCUGCUAAAUCUACCGGCAUCUUUAUCUCAACAACGGAGGGGAAUAAGGGGACGGCCACGUCGAAGCCUAAUACUGGUGAGACGACAUCUACUCCUGUUAAAGCUAUUUCAGUCGCAGCGUUAAAAACCAGUGUUGUUGUGUUUGUGCCGGUUGCUUCUGUGGGAGCUGCUGGUGGUAAGGGGGUUUAA